CGAGGACUGGAAGACGCGGAAAGCCCGGUUCUGGUGAAAUCCUUUUAAAGCCGAGUUGGCUUGUUGUCUUUAGCUGUGAGCGUGUUGUGCCACUUAUCACCGUCUGUUAUACUCCUGAUUUGCAUUGAGAUCGGAAAUCUUGACAUUGUCUUCCGCCAAACCAAUAAGCGUCAUUGACUCCAGGAGAGUGAGAUUAAGCUGUCAGGGAAAAAAAGGGUAACUGAUUUGCACAAACAAACACUUAUCUAUAGCGUCCAGUCUUCGUCGUGGGCUUGAUACCGGCCGAAGAAAAUGGGGCACGCCGACGGCGCCACCGCAGAAGAGGAGCUGCAAAGGCAGCGGUCCAUUGAGCAAGCCAUCGCCGAGGGUCACGACGCCGACAUUCCCUCGAGCAUUGGUUAUGUCGUUAAUGAGAAUGUCAACCAGUCGCGCAGGCAAUCGCUGGCUAGCCACUACAAUCACUCUCCGGCAAAGUCCACCCUCGACAGUCUUCAUCAUAAGCCAGAGGUUGACCUCGAAAGAGCUGUCGAUGCCACUGCGACUGAAAGCGAUGGCGAGAACGCACAUGUUCCAACUUCCUCCGAGGACGACGACCCCAACGUCGUCUGGUGGGAAGGUGAUGAUGAUCCCGAGAAUCCUUACAACUGGCCGGAGUGGAGAAAAUGGCUCAACUGUACAUUCGUUAGCGUUUUGACCUUUUUGACGCCUUUGGCAUCGUCCAUAUUUGCGCCUGGUGUGCCUCAGCUGUCGCAAGAGUUUAAUGUCACCAAUGGCGAAUUACAAACCCUUGUUGUGUCCAUCUAUGUUCUCGGGUAUGCCUUCGGACCUCUACUCAUCGCACCCUUGAGCGAGAUAUAUGGCCGCAACAUCGUGUACCACAUAUGUAACUUGGGUUUCAUCGCCUUCAUGGUCGCAUGUGCCGUGGCACCAUCAAUGGACAGUCUCAUCGGCUUCCGCUUCAUGUCGGGCUUUUUCGGCUCCUGCCCCGUCACCAACGGAGGAGGUAGCAUUGCAGACAUGAUAGUACCGCAGAAGAGAGGAGUCGCCAUGUCCCUAUAUACAUUAGGACCUAUUUUCGGUCCGGUCGUCGGACCUGUGGCUGGCGGCUUUCUGGCAGACGCCAAGGGGUGGCGCUGGUGUUUUUGGAUCGUUGUCAUUGUCGCGGGAUUCAUGUCCAUCGCGAUGAUGCUUUUCAUGAAAGAGACAUAUGCCCCCGUUAUUCUCGAGCGCAAGGCUGCAAAGCUCCGCAAGGAGAGGGGCAAUGAGCUGCUGCGAAGCAAGCUAGAUGCCGGCAUGAGCGCCAAGGACUACUUUACGCGAAGUAUAGUGCGCCCUCUCAAGCUGAUAGCCUUAUCGCCCAUCACCCAAAUCUUUGCUAUAUACUUGGGGAUUGUGUACGGAUACCUAUACCUCCUAUUCACCACCAUUACGACGGUCUUCACCGACUCGUACAACUUCACUUCGUCUACCGCGGGUCUCGCGUACCUUGGACUCGGCGUCGGCUCUGUGAUAGGACAGGUCUUAUUCUCUUGGACCUCGGACUCGUAUUCGCAACGGCGGGCUGAGCGCGAAGGCAAUGGCAUGAAGCCAGAAUACCGGCUCUUCUGGCUUCCCCUUGCCGCCAUAAUCUUGCCCGUAGGUUUUUUCAUCUACGGCUGGACUACCGAAUACAAAAUCCACUGGAUUGUUCCCAUCAUCGCGAUGGGCAUCGUUGGUGUGGCAAACAUUCUCUUUUUCAUGUGUGUGACGAUGUAUCUCAUCGACUCAUUCCAGAUGUACGCAGCGAGUGCUAUGGCCGCCAACGUAGUCGUAAGGUCCGUCGCAGGCGCCGUGCUACCAUUGGCGGCACCGAAGAUGUAUGACGCAUUGGGACUGGGAUGGGGAAACUCACUGCUUGCGUUCAUUGCGGUAGCAAUGCUGCCCAUACCCUUCAUCAUUAGCCGUUACGGCGAGUAUCUGAGGACCAGGUUCAAGGUCAAGAUGUGAGCUGCACCGACAGCUUCGCCAAUAUCGUGUACGAAUUACACUGAAUUUUUUCUUGUCUGGCUUAAAUUUGUCUCUCCCUUGCGUGCAUGGCCAUACUGUGGGAGGUAAAAACUCAUUGGCUCGUUAUGCUUUUUUUGUAAUCUUUGUGGUAAUCUUUUUCAUUUCUUGCUUUUUUGUUGUUGUUUUUAAUACUUUUUCAGGUCCUCAUCCGGGAAUCAGGUCCUCAUGGGCAAGCAAAGGAAGGUUGGGAGGGAAUACGUUAGAAUAUAUGUAGCUCAAUAGAAGCAAAAUGUAAUGCGCAA